GUACACUGGCGGUUAGUCAGGAGUAUACAGGGGGGAAAUGACUCCGGAUUUAUUGACCAACUAGACGAAAUUAACUUAAAGAUGAACGGCACCACAGAAUCAUGGAACACUUCAUCAACUUCCGGUCUGGAGGAAGCUUCAACGCAAACAUUUAUGGCGAUCCACGUGAUCUACAAAGAACAUUUACCGGUGAUAUACGAGAUUCCAAAGAUAGUAAAAGCCAUAAUGUACGUAUUCGGUUUCCCUGGCAACAUCCUUGCGUGUAUCAUGUGGCUACAGCGCCCUCUACUGCACUCUUCCGGUUGUUACCUUGCCUCCCUUGCGAUCUCGGACCUUCUGUUUCUCGUUCUUUCGAUGAUGUAUGACCUUGAGUAUAUAUGGGAAAUAAAAACCAUCGGGGUACCUGUCGUCUGCCAGGCGUUUCCAGUUAUUUACAUGGCGGUGCAAUAUAUGUCACCGUUGUUGACAAUGGCGUUUACUGUCGAGCGAUUUAUUUCGGUGAGGUUUCCACUUGAACGUCGAAUCUACUGUACAGUGAAGCGAGCCGCCAUUGUGAAUCUGUUCCUGGCGUUGUUUGUCCUGAUCGCCGGGGGAAUACAAGCCUAUAUUUGGGAUUAUGACUACACACACCAUGCCUGUGAUAUUAGAAUGGGUAUCGAUGAUUUUAGGAAAAACUGGACUUGGAUAACAGAAUCAACGAUGUUUGUGCUGGUUCCCGUGCUAAUCCUUGGCAUGAACGUUCUUUUAAUAUUCACAAUCCGCCGUUCAAAACGACGUGCACGACAUCUGUACGGCUCACCACCAAAGCACAGAUCGGCCACAACAAAAAUGCUUCUUGUCGUGUCGUUCUAUCUAAUAUUUACGACACUACCUGUGACAAUUCUGUACGCUAUCGGGGAUUUCUUCCCUCCCAACACUGAGAACGAUGACGUGUCACAAGAUCCUCUGUGGCAGAGCCAUUUUAAGUAUAUGGUUGUCCGCGAGGCUGUGUAUGCAAUAGGGAUGUCACAUUACGUGUGUAACUUUUAUCUAUACCUUGCUACUGGUCACCGGUUCCGCAUGGAAACCAAACGCUACUUUCAGCAUAUUGUGAAAAAUGGAUGAAUCUACUGAUCUUUGUACAGCAAGAGAGUGUAUCUUGUCUAAUUGUGAUACAACUGGACCUUUUAAACUUAAAUGUUGUUUCUAUUUCAAUAUUCCCUUUCCUCGACAUAGUUGAUAUACAUGUAAAUCUAUUUUAUCUAAGAGGAAUUUUCACCAUUAUAUUUACCAAUCUUUCCCUGUAAGUCAUUUAAAGUAACUCAAUUGGUUCCUUCAACUGAUCGUUGCAAAACAUUACAACAACAAUAAAAAUAUACGACUAGUUAUAUGAAGCGCAAUAAUGCUUCUAGUUGCAAUUUCCAUUUUUGGUGGCAUAUAUUUGUCGAUGAAUGUUAAAGAUGAAUUUUAGAGAUGAAUGUUAAAGGAGAGUAGUCCAGUACUGAUAAUGUUUUAUUAUCUUAAUUUGAGGCAAGUUUUAGAUCAUUCAUCACUGGAAUUAAACACGGCAGGUAAAUCUUUUUAAAUUUUACCGGUAAAAUGUAGGGAAGAUAUAAAAUUAAUGAGUAUUGUUUGAAUGGAAAUGAGAAAAUAACACUCUUUUACAGAAAAAAUUAUCAGAUUUCCUCCAGCACCCAUUCUGUAUUGAAAAUCCUUUUACACGUGGUAAGAUCAGAACUAACCACACUGCUGUCACAGAGUCAAUGUCCUAUCUGUAAUACUGUAGUGGAGAAAUCGCAUGGUAACCCGUUAGUAGUUCCAUGAAUAUAUGAUGUUCGCCAUUCUACAAAAAAUACCCUGCUUAGCUUGUUUCGCACUAAUCUUCUCUCUCCAUUUCCAAAUAUGAAUUUAUGGCACAGUCCGAUAGGUCUCCGAGUCCGGUAAGUCUGGGCACAUUCUCGUUUGUUUGUGAUAGGCCUAUUAAUUCCGUUAAACACACGAGAAACGAUCCAUCGAAAUAAAGAGAGAUAUUUGUUUUAGUUUAAACAAGUUUUAUUACAAUUAAUAGGAUUAGGCAUAAGCAAUAUCAACGCCCUCUCCUUUAGAAAUGUAAAAUUGCAUACUAAAAAAGUAUACACAUACAUCAUAAGAUGGUCUUUACAGUUAUUCCUCCAUAUUUAAAACAUUAGAAAACUAAGAAUCCUUACAUAGUAUUUAAGAUGAUAUUCACAUUCAUUCUUCCUACACACAC